ACCAGCCAAAUAACCACCCAAAACAUCAACAUCUGGGGAAUUCUUACCUGUAAAAAGUGUCCCAGGACCAACUUUCAUCACAUUGGCCACCUGCCAAUACGAACUCAAGAUUGUCAGCUGCGAAUUGAUGGAAGACCAGACGAAAACAGAGAACAAAUGAGCGAAGCAAACCGCUAAGAAAAAUACGCGAGAAGAAAAAAAAAAUAGCACGAGGUUUUCAACAUGUCUUCGCGGUCUAGAUCUGUGAACUCGGUUUCCUCGGACGCUCGCGGGUCCAGUCUCCUGUGCAGCGCGCUGUGCUCUAAGCUGGUCCGGACUAAGAACAUGGGACUAGACGCGCUGUCCACACCGCUCAGACGGUGUCUGUCCACCCUGGAACUGACGCUGCUGUCCCUGGGAUCCAUGGUGGGUGCGGGCCUGUACGUGCUGACUGGGACCGUGGCGCACAACAUUGUCGGACCGGGCAUCGUGGUCGCCUUCCUGUUAGCCGGGGUCGUCGCGCUGUUGUCGGGACUAUCCUAUGCCGAGUUUGGGGCCAGGAUUCCAAAAGCAGGUUCUGCUUACGUGUACACCUACGUCACGGUGGGCGAGCUCCUGGCUUUCGUCAUCGCCUGGAACAUGAUCCUGGAGUACGUCAUCGGCGCAGCCGCAGUAGCGCGCGCCUGGAGCGGGUACGUGGACUACCUGGCCAGCUACAAGAUCUCCAACUGGACCGAGACGCACCUCAGCAUGGGUAACGUCCAGCCGUUCGCGGACAGUCCGGACCUGAUCGCCUGCGGACUCCUGCUGCUGGUCAUGCUGUUUAUAGCGUUCGGGGCACAGGUUUCGGCCCAUCUAAACACCAUCCUGACCGUAGUGAACAUGAUGGUGGUGGCCUUCAUCGUCAGCUCGAGUUUUUUCCUGGUGGACCUGCACAACUGGAUGGACCACGGAGGGUUCAUACCUAACGGCUGGAGGAGCAUCAUACAGGCGUCAUCUUCCUGUUUCUUCGCCUUUGUGGGGUUUGACGUUGUUGGAAACGUGGCUGAGGAGGCUCAGGACCCCGCGCGGGGCAUCCCGGUAGCCAUCUGUGUCUCGCUGUUUCUCGCGAUAUUUGCGUACACGGGAGUGUCAGGGGCUCUCACUCUGAUGGUGCCGUGGACUAAAAUCAGCCCCAAGUCUGCACUGCCUUCAGCUUUCAAAAUGAGAGGCUGGGGUUGGGCAGGUAACAUCAUCGCAGUGGGGGCCCUGAGCGCCAUGUCUGCGUCACUGGUGACGUCACUAUUCGCCAUGCCGCGGUGUGUGUACGCUCUGGCAUCGGACGGGCUCUUCUACCACUCGUUCGCAAAGAUAAACGAGAGAACGCAGACCCCGAUACUCGCCACCAUUGUGUUUGGUGUCCUGGGAGCCAUAACCACCCUGCUGUUCAACCUGCGGUCGCUAGUGGAGUUCAUGUCCAUAGGAACGCUCCUAGCGUACACUGUUGUCUCUGCAAGCCUUAUUGUCACCAGAUACCAGUCGCACUUCCCUCACGAGGUUGCUGGACUGGAGAUGAUCCCGCCGUGGUUCGAGCGGCUGGAGGACAGCGAGGAGGCCACCAAGGCCCGCGCGCGGCGGAAGAAGCAGAAGCCCGGCCGACUGAAGGAUUCCUUCUCCUUCCUGGGUUUCCUGAACAGAUACGAGCCCGGGCACGCCGUCACCACUGCAGUACUCAUCAUGGCCAUGUUUCAAGUGGGGCUGGCAAUAGUGCUGUUCUACGGCGUCGACGCCAUCGGAGAGAAGAAGUGGUGGGCGAUCGCGGGGGUGACCGUGUUUUCUGUGGGUUUCUUCCUGUCACUCAUCGUCAUUGGGGCUCAUCAGCAGAACAGGAACAUCAUGACUUUCAAGGUCCCGUUCGUCCCGCUGUUUCCCGCCAUCUCCAUGUUCUGUAACAUCUACCUGAUGGUCGCGCUGCAGCCAAUGACGUGGGUCCGCUUCGGAAUCUGGAUGAUCAUUGGUUUUCUGGUGUACUUCUCGUACGGAAUCCGGUACAGCCGUGCCCAGGGUCCGGAUACCGGGCCGCAGUCACCCUACCUCAUCGUGCCCAAACGGAAAAUGUACAAGAGGAGUGACGUCAUCAGGGUCAACCAACCGCCGUCAUGUAUCGACGAUCGUCGUACGGCAGGAGAGGAGGACAGCCUUAUUCAAGGAGGUUCCGACUCAGAUUUUCCUCUAUCAACGUACGGCACGCGAUCUCCCCCACCCUCGGGCAUGUACGACAGCGAACCCACGGGGCCAGACGGACCCAGGAGUAGGAAAACCAGAUCGGAGGAUUCUGAGGGGAGCGAGGUAGAGGCAGAAGCGACGGCAGAGGAUGAUACUAGUAUGCUUAGAGUAGGGUCCCGCAGAUGACGACAUUGCGACGUCACAAAGCCAACUAGUUAACAGUAGCUACGUCUUAAAAUCUAGUCUGUACUGUAAAUAUGCAAAGUUGCUAUAUGGGCAACCUUUCCUAUGCAAUCCGUGUAGCAUUCAUUGUUUGACUGUUUGUUAAAUCACUUCUUUUUGGAUUGAUAUCCGAUAUACUCAACAAAGGGUUUCUCACUACUUUAAAUUAUACGGUCUUUGUGUAAUAACUAGCUAUAUUUAGAAACGUAAGGCUAAGGGAGACUAGACUAAAGAAUGGUUUAUUGGAAAAGAACAAUAACGUAAGAACGUUUAGUUUCAGUAAGCCGUAUGUACAUAUAUGUAACCUGGUUAAUGUGCAAUGAGAACAGGACGCCUCCGUUUGUGUAUACUAGUUUCAUUGUUCAAUAAAGUUGGGAAAGAGA